AUGUCUAGCAGUCACUUCGAGGUAGUGCCAGUUUCCAACAAGUCGCAAGGCUCCGUGCCGUUGUCGCAAGCGUUUGACCACCAUGACUCGUCUUUCAGCAUGCCGGAUCCAGAUCGCAUCUGCUACUCUAACAAGGAGUCCGCGAAGGUCAACAUCGGGUUAGAUUGUGUGAGUUGGUACGACCAAGAUCUAGAGUUCGCACAUGCAGAUGGGCCAUUUAGCACGAACAAGCCAGCCGUGGACGUUGACUUCAGCCAACUGAUUUGCCCUAUUGUGGCACCCGAGUCCAAGCCAUCUGUCGAAGCACUCGUCUCCCGCCUUCUCAACCCUCCUCCGCAUGCCUUUGUCUACCGUACGUUGUCCAUACAAUGGGUCAUCGGCGCAAUGGGUCAGCGGCAUGUCGAGUUCCGCGAGAGUGAUGAGCGAUACGUACUUGCGCAAAAUUCUGAACUGCGACGCAUGGGCACUGCGCUCGGCAUGCCUGCGCUGUACAUGGAGUGGCUCUGUGGAGACGACGAGGAUAUUAGCGCCACUGAUCAGGGUGUACAUUUGACUCCCGAUUACUUCGAAGAGGUCAACAUGGACUAG